CAUGGGCAUGCAGCUUCUGCGGGGACUGAGGCUCUGGGGGCUCGGCGCCUCCACAGGCCUGGUCGCCGCGGCCCGAGCCCCCGCCGCCUGCCCCGGCCACCGACCCCCGCCCCACCUCCGCUCCCCGCCCGCCGACUCCAGGCCCCGCCCCGGCCUCCGCCUCCGCACCCGCCUCCGCACCCGCCCACGCACCCGCCUCCGCACCCGCCUCCCGGCUAGCCCCAGGCCGCAGCGCCAGGCCGCAGCCGCCUGCAGAGACCCGCCGCCAGCCAACGCCAGCACUAUGGAGCGCACCGGAGCCGGAGGAAUAAAUUCCAAUGAGUGUGAAAAUGUAUCAAGAAAAAGGGAAAUGUCAGAAGAAUUUGAAGCCAACACAGUGGAUUCUCUGGUAGAUUUGCCAUUUGCUACUAUCGAUAUUAUAGAUGAUUGUGGAAUCACUGAUGUACCUCAAAUAAAUUUGGAGAGAAGUAAAGAAAAUGAAUGGAACAAUAAAGAUAAAAUAAAGAAGAGGAAAAAAAAGCAAAAAGAUUAUCAACCCAACUAUUUCCUAUCCGUUCCGAUCACCAACAAAGAGAUUACAAAAGGAAUUAAGAUCCUGCAAAAUGCAAUAAUACAACAAGAUCAGCGACUGGCCAGAGCAAUGAACAGUGAUGGUUCCUUUCAUAUUACCCUGCUAGUGAUGCAGUUAUUAAAUGAAGAUGAAAUAAACAUUGGUAUUGAUGCUCUUUGGGAAUUAAAACCAUUUGUGGAAGAAAUCCUCCAAGGAAAAACUUUGACUUUGCCCUUUGAAGGGGUUGACACUUUUGGAAAUCAGGUUGGAUUUGUGAAGCUGGCAGGAGGAGAUCACAUAAACCUACUUUUGGAGAUAGCAGAUGCUGCAAAAAGGACAUUUCAAGAAAAAGGUAUCUUGACAGGACAAAGCAGAACUUUUAAGCCUCAUCUGACCUUCAUGAAAUUGUCCAAAGCACGAUGGCUCCGGAAGAAGCUCUACUUCUUACUAGCUAUGUGUCCUUCGGGAGUGAAAAAAAUAGACCCCAAAUUCUAUGAAAAAUUUAUCAGUCACAGAUUUGGAGAAGAAAUGGUACAUCGCAUAGAUCUUUGCUCCAUGCUGAAGAAAAAGCAAAGUAAUGGUUAUUAUCACUGUGAGUCUUCAAUUGUGAUUGGCCAGAAUCCUAUUGGAAUCCGGGACUUAAUUAAUGAAGCUUUGCGUCGAGAGAGGAUGGGUCUGCAGUCCAAGGUGAAACAGAUAAAGGAACUUUUAUUAAAGCCUGAGACUCAGACCAAAAUUAGGAGGGAGCUUUUUGAAGGAAGAUUCAUUAACAACAGUAAUGAAGGAAAUGGUGUUGAUUUCAGCGCAGUUUUGACGUAAGCUCUACAUUGCAAUCGUGGUACCAGAGUUUAUGAAAUCUUUUCAGCUCAGUAAAUAGCUCUUUGGUAAAUACCACAGAAGUGUUCUGAUAGAGUCUGCACAACAGCAAACCAACAUUGGUAAGGAGUUAACAAUUUCUUACCAAAGAAAACUGAUUCUGCACUGUUAUUUUUAAGCUAAACUUGUGUUUUAGAAUGUUUAUCUCUAUAAUACUGAGAUUCAUUUUAUAGAAAGGACUUCUUAAUUAGCCAUUGUGAGAUGUUCGUUGGGUCCUCACAAAUAAAAUAUACAGACCAUGGAAAAUCAUUUACAGACAAAAAAAAAUACAGUAUUUUAAGGGUAACUUGUCUCCUGUUGACAUGAUUUUUGUUGUUAAAUCAGAAGAAGCAUUGUUCACAUGUAUCUAUGCCUAGUGUUACUUUUAAUGAGACUUUGAAUGUUACUGAUCACUAGUACUUGAAUGAACAUUUAUAAAUGUAAUUAUUGCAGUCACUGGUUAAGAAUGUUUUAUAAUGUCCAUAUGUGUUAUUUUUCAGUGAUCAAAAUGUAAUUUGCUUUUUCAUUUCUUAAUGAAUGUUUGGGAUUUUUAUUUUCUACUUUUCUGAAGUUAAGCCCCCGGUCUUACUGUAUCCCUCAUAAACUGAAUUUGUUUGCACUGGUUCAUUUUUAAAGAAAAUUCUUGAAAAGCUUCCCUCCCAUACAAUAAUCACUGGUAACAGCUUUUUCUAUAGUCAGUGUAAAAUUGCUGCUACUAAGAGAUCAUGAUGGAGGGGGAAAUUAUUAGAGAUCAAAUAUGUAAUCAUUUCAAAGAUAAAAUCCAGUUUACUCAUGGAUUUUAGCUAUUUUUUCACUGGAUAAAUUAUACUACAUUUAUUUAUAAGUAAGUUUAUGCAUUUUCAUGCCUGUUAAUAAAUGUAUUGUUUUCCCUU